AUGGAUUAUGUUUGGUCCAUGGCUGAGCUUGCGGAGGCUAUGGAUAUGGAUCCCGCGAAGGGGGGAUUACUCGGUGCUGGAGCUGGCCCGCAUCCUGUCGUUGGGCAGAACUGUGAGCUUGCGCCAAAUAUUGGCUGGCAAGGCAGCUUUGAGAGUGUCAAGAAUGAGAGUCGUUAUGCAAAGAUCGACAAGGAGACAAGCGCUGUCCAUGUCGAGAAGAGUCCUUCUUUGGACUGCGCCUUGAUGAUCAACUUAUUCGGCUCCUCAGGCAAUCCGGGACCAGUGAUCAAGAUUACAGCUCGGAAGAGAACAGGCUCUGAGAGAAGUUUUGCAGAGUGUAUCCGAAAAGGUCUCCAUCAAGCAUACAGCGAUUCGCAGACCGUCAGUCUCGGUGGACUCUUCUUGGUCAAGAACGGCAAGGCAAAAUACCAUAUCAUGCCUGACUUCCCAGCCGAGAAAGAUUUGCCAUUUGACCAUCGUAAAGAUGUGGAUAAUUGGUUGACCUUCCACAACUUUGACGCACCAAUGCUUUGUUUAUCGGUGUUGCAUUCAGCUGAUCCUGGAGGAAAGAUGGGCUUACGGAUUGAGCAUACGCAUUGCUACGCUGCAGACGGGAAAAAUGCUGGAGGUCAUUAUCAUUAUGAUUUGGACGAUACGGAGGAUGAUAUUGAGUAUGAGGCGUAUUUCAAUACUGCCAAAAUGAUAUAUCGACUGGACAGACCAAACUGA